AUGCUCACUACGGCAGCUAUGAUCAGGCCUGGACUUCCAUCGGACGUUGAUGCCAUCACCAAUGCCAUCAUCAAGACAAUGCCCCUGGACCCGCAAUGGGAUUACCGUUUCCCGUUGCGGAAACAGUUCCCCGACGACCACUUCAAGUACACGCGCAUGUUGUUCGAAUACUUCCUAGACCCGUCGUAUGAUGACUGGGCCGUCAUGGUGGUUGAAGACGUUGAUCCUGCCGGCUGUGAGAAGCUCAAGAUUGCUUCCAUCAGUGUUUGGGAUGUCUCUUACCUAAACAAGCGCAAAUAUGGGCCAGACUAUACCCCUCAAGACCCUAAUCAAGAAGUUGAUAAACGAGGAGGUAGCACGCGUAGAGAUGCCAACCAGCUACACUUCAACGCCUUCUGUAAUGGCCAGGCCAAGGCCUACAAGAAGUACUUUGGGUGUAUUGGCCCAGAGCAGCUUCAUCUCCAGAUCCUAGCUACCUUGCCAGACUUCCAGAGACGCGGCCACGCAAGUAAACUCUGUAGAUGGGGCAUGGACGUCAUUCGAAAAGAGACGUUGAAGGACAUCUCAGUCAUGGCAAGCCCUAUGGGAUAUCAUCUUUACGCCCGGUUAGGGUUCGAUCACGUUGCUACCGUCGUCAUCCAGGUUGCAGGUGAAGAGGAAAAGCUUACUCUUCAAGCGAUGAAGUAUGACUCUGUUACGGAUGGGAAAUUGGCAAAUCUUUAG